ACCUCAAAAGCAAACUCUUCCUCCUCUCCCUACAAAGAAAGAAUCAAGAACAAGAAACAAGAAAAGGAAAAUGGAAGGUGGUGUUGCAUAUGAGAAUGAUCUGAACCUGAAAGCAACCGAGCUGAGAUUAGGGUUACCAGGAACUGAAGGCCAAGCAGUUUCUUGUACCAGAAACAACAAGAGGCCAUUGCCGGAGACUAGAGAAGAAAAUGGAGCUACAGAGAAAAUUGAUACUUCAAAUAAUGACUCAGACUCCCCUCCAGCCCCUAAAGCACAGAUAGUUGGAUGGCCACCGAUCCGAUCCUACAGGAAAAAUAGCUUGCAGACGAAGAAAACUGAAGCAGAAUCUUGUGGGAUGUAUGUGAAAGUGAGCAUGGAUGGAGCUCCAUAUCUUAGAAAGAUUGACCUUAAAGUUUAUAAAGGUUAUGAAAAACUCCUCAAGGCUUUGGAGAAUAUGUUCAAGUUCACCAUGGGUGAAUACUCAAAAAGAGAAGGCUACAAAGGAUCAGAAUUUGUUCCUACUUAUGAGGAUAAAGAUGGUGAUUGGAUGCUUGUUGGAGAUGUUCCAUGGGAAAUGUUCAUGUCAUCUUGCAAAAGAUUAAGAAUUAUGAAAGGAUCAGAAGCAAGAGGUUUGGGUUGUGGAGUAUGAGAAACCUAAACAAGCCAUAUAAGGAGAAAAGAAAGGACAAGAUUUUUGUCUCUUCCUAUGAAGAGAGAAAAUCUGUUUAGCUUGUGUUCUCCAAGAAGAAACUUAAUCUGAAUUUCUGGGUCGCUUUUUGGACAGACUGCUCUGCAACUGGACCCGGAAUUUCAGACGGGGAAAAAACGAGUGAAACUUAACAGUUCAUUUUCCUAGAAUGUGGGAACAAGAUAUUUGGUGGUUUGAGGCAUCUAUGCUGUUAUUUUGUUGGUCCUUCCAAUUUAAUCUCUCAUCAAACCAGAACUGCUAAUAGGAAGAUGAUAUUAUUUGUUCUAGAGCAAUUAUGUAAAUGGAAAAAAAAAAAAAAAAAAAAAAAGAAAAAGG